AUGACUUGGCGAAGUGGAAGCUCUGAUGGAACGUUUUACUUUCAGGCAUGGCACGUCGCCAAAGAUGUAAGCGGGGAGUCGUGGGUUCAGAAUAAGGCCAUUGCCGAGUUUAUCGAGCAGAAUAUCAGCCCCGAGACCAAGAAAUGGCUGUACAUCAAGGGCUGUGUGCCGACCAAGGAGAAGCCUGGACUUCUCGUUCCCUACUCUAUCUGCGUCAAACUACGCACUCCAAAGUCUGGGCAGGACCCAAAAGAUCCGGAGCAGGCUCUCCUCCACUUUCGCAAUGAAGAAUACCCCAACAUUGCAAAGACCUACUUCAAGACCAAACUAAACAACAAAACGCUCGACUUUUUCAAUUCCUACUCCGAGGGAGCAGAUUUUGACAGUCCUCUUGCCAACUUUGACACUGUCAAGACCUCCAAGCGGUUGAAAGAGAGGGUUCGAAGGGCCAUAACACACGUGAAAAGCGUUAAAAAGGACCUUGGUGACAUUGUGCAUGGAUUAGUCGAUGGCGUUUCAUCAAAAUCAGAGUUCAAGGCGGCUCGAUUCAUCAGGAAACGAGGCAAAGACCCUGCCUCCGACCCCAACAUCCUGCCUCCCACGCCACUGCAGAGCCCACUGCCCCCUCCGGACAUUAGCUUUGCUCCUAUCCAGGAGCCCGACGUUUCUACUCGACCUAGAAAGACUUCGGAUACCUCCGAUGUCACCGUCGCCUCUACAGAUGCGCCUGGCACUGACGCUAGCUCCGUGGGUUCUGUUGAAACCGCACAAUCGUCGGUCGUUGCCGAAGAGUCCUCUUCUGAGUUGCAGGAUGAAAAGGAUCCCUCCUCUGAGUCGUCCAAGGCGCCUGUCGAGGAGGAAGCAUCUACUUCUUCUGCUGUCGAGGAGGAUUCCCCUACUACGACUGAUAGUGCUUCAACUGCGGAUGCCGAAGCUGAGGCGCCCGAUACUACGGCUGAUGGUGCUUCUACUGCGGAUGCCGAAGAUGAAGCUCCUGAUGUGGCUCCUGACGAAGACGAGGUCGUUGAAGUGACGCCCGAUGAAGAAGAGGCUGUUGAAGCAACGCUAGACGAAGAAGAGGCUGUUGAAGCAACGCUAGACGAAGAAGAGGCUGUUGAAGCGACGCCAGACGAAGAUGAAGUCAUUGAAGUAACGCCCGAUGAAGACGAGGCCGUUGAAGUGACGCCUGCCGAAGAGGAGACAGCUAAUGUUACGACCGCUGAAGAGGAGACCAUUGAUGCGAAGCCCGAUGAAGAUGAGGUCAUUGAUGUGACACCUGAAGAUUCAUCAGAAACGUCAUACCAGGUGACAGCAGAUUCUACCGAUACAAAUAGUGCUCAUGCAGCUAUUUCUCCUUCUUCUGGCGUCAUCGUGGCCAGGAGAAAGAUGAACUAUGUCUCGCCCCAAACCGCACAGACGGCCUACUUUGUUGUGCAAAACAGCGGAAACUGGCUUCGGUAUCUCAUGGCCAAUCACGGCCAGAGUGCCCAAAAGCUGAGAUCUACCUUUUUCGAUUCGCCAAUCAUCCUCGCCGCGGCCAUUCCUCCCCUUCAGGCCCUGACUGCUGACGGAAUGACACGUGUGUACUUUAUGUCGCAAGCUAGGAAAGAGCAAGAUGAAGUGGUUUGCGAUGAAAAUGGCCGUGCGGUUCGCACUCGCAAGGGCAGUAAAUCAGGCCAUGAAUGGGUCGUCGGAACCGCCAAGAUCUCGACUCACGCCCUCACCAUGCAUCUUGGCAAGCAGCUCGAGAAUAGGAAUGCCAGACUCUUACCAGCGGCUCCGUCCGCGGUGCGCGAGGUCGACUCGGUCGUUG